AUGAAGCAAACAACAACAAUUAUUCUGGUUGUUUUAUCAACACUACAUCAAUACCAAUCUGCAAAACUACCAACAAAUUUCAAAAAAUGUGACAAAGGAAAGCCCGAUUUCGACAAAUGUUUGUCGUCAGCAAUCCAAGACGCCAUAAAACACUUGAACAAACCUCUGGCUGAAUACGGUUUAGUCAGUUUCGACCCUUAUGUGACACCCAAUGAAAGAACAUUUGUGUUUGGAGAAGAGAUAACGGGCCUGCGACAAAAAUUCAGCAAAUUCAAAAUUUCUGGUUUCACAAACAUCAAAAGUACUGACGCCAGAAUGGACUUUGUGCAUAAAAUUUUAUAUCUCGAUCUUGUUGCACCUAAGUUGGUGUGCAGCUUUGAGUAUGAAGCUCACGGAAGGAUGGUUUUGGUGCCUGUGGAAGUUGUCACUGAAGCAGCUGCCACUCUCACCUUCAGUACCUACUUAUACAUCUUUAAAUAUAAUCCUGAGGGGUAA